AUGAAUAUACAAGUUGAUUACAUUUCUCCUCAGCAUAUAACCUGCACUGUCAAAACUAUGGAUGGGAGGGUAAAUUGUAUUCUAUCUUCUAUCUAUAGUUUUAAUCAUCAGGAUUCAAGAAAGGCUCUAUGGACUGAGCUCCUCCAUGUGCAUCAGACUGUUGGAAAUACACCAGGGCUUUUAUGUAGGGAUUUCAACACUAUGAUCAAUAAUGAUGAAAAGCUAGGAGGAAUUGCACUUACAGAUGCUGAUACGAAAGACUUUAAUUCUUUCAUUAAAGACAGCCAUCUCUUGCACCUAAAAACAUUGGGUUGUUUUUUUACCUGGAACAACAAACAAGACCAUGAUGCCAGGGUUUGGUGUAGGUUAGAUAGGGCUCUUGUAAAUGACUCCUGGAUCCAUAAGUAUAACUCUAGUCAUGUGGAAUUCUUGCUUCCAAACUUCUCAGAUCAUUCUCAUGCAUUAGUUUCUAUAUAUGAGGAGGAUAUGCAAGGUAAAAAGCCUUUUAAGUUUUUUAAUAUGUGGAUUAAUCACAUCAACUACCUGCCUACAAUAUCUUUAAUAUGGCAGAGGCAAAUUGAAGGGUUCAAAAUGUAUUCAGUUGUUACAAAACUCAAACUGCUGAGGGGAGCUCUAAAGGAUUUAAAUAGAAAACAUUAUGGAAAUAUUAGUGAACAAGUAGAAAGAGCUAAAUAUGCAGUGGAGGAAGUUCAAAAUAAGCUACAAGAGGAUCUUCUCAAUCCUGGUCUUAUCAAACAGGAAAAAAAUUGCUUGUCUGCUUAUAAUAAACUCUUGCAAUGUGAGUUAUCUUUUUUCCAGCAAAAAUCAAGAAUUCAUUGGAGCAUUAAAGGAGAUAGAUGUACAAGUUAUUUUCAUUCUAUUAUCAAAGCCAAUAGGCACCAGAACAGAAUUCUAGUUCUCACAAACAGCAUGGGUGAGAGAAUUACUGAGGGUGGGGAGAUUGCAAAUGAACUUGUCUCUUACUUCAAAAAUCUUAUGGGUACAGCAAGUGCAACAUCUCCUCCGGAAAUCAGGAUUAUUAAGAAUGGUCCUUGUUUGAGUGAAAAUCAUAUAAAGAACAUUUCUUCACCAGUCACAAAAGAUGAGAUUAAGAGGGUUGUUUUCUCCAUGGCAGAUAAUAAGUCCCUAGGACCAGAUGACUAUGGUGCUUCUUUCUUUAAGUCAUCAUGGUCUACUAUAGGAGAUAAAGUUACACUUGCAGUUGAAGAGUUUUUUAGCACAGGAUAA